CCACAUCCAGGGCCCGCCAACUGGCCCGACCGCUGCUCGCCGGCCCAAACACCCUCCCCCCCACUACUUCAAAAUCCCCUCCUCCUCCCUCUCGUCUCCCCCAAUUUCUCUCCCUUCUUCCUCCCAAUCGCCGCCAUGCCGGACGAUCCCGCCGACGACCUCCAGAGCAUGAGCUUCGGCUCGUCGGACCGCUCCGCCUACGAGACUGUGUCGUCCACCUCCACCGGCUCCGGCUCCUCCUCUUCCGGUCCCAUCAAGCCCCACUCCGCCGGCGAUCCCUGCUUCGACGCUGUCCGGCGUCUCAGAUCCGAUGGCGGUGGCGGGACGCUCGCGCUCUCCGAUAUGAGAUUCGUGCAGCGGCUCGGAAGCGGGGACAUCGGCAGCGUGUACCUGGCGGAGCUCAAGUGCAGCGGGGGCGAAGGAUGCGUGGUGGCGGCGAAGGUGAUGGACAAGAAGGAGCUGGAAGGCCGGCAUAAAGAGGGGCGGGCGAGGACGGAGAGGGAGAUCUUGGAGAACCUGGACCAUCCGUUCCUGCCGCGGCUAUACGGGAUCGCGGAGAACGAACGGUGGUCGUGCCUCCUUACUGAGUUCUGCCCCGGCGGCGAUCUCCACGUCCUCCGGCAGCGGCAGCCCGGGAAGCGGUUCGACGAGUCCGCCGUCAGGCGGGUGGUUGCGGGUGGCGAUUAUCUUAUCAAUUGUGGAAUUUUUACGUCGCUGUCCAGAUUUUACGCAUCGGAGGUGGUGGUGGCCCUCGAGUACAUCCACAUGCUGGGCAUCGUCUACCGCGAUCUCAAGCCUGAGAACGUCCUCGUCCGAUCCGACGGCCACAUCAUGCUCACCGACUUCGACCUCUCCCUCAAGUGCGACGGCCCCACCACCACCGCACACCUCAUCUCCGACCACAACCCCCUUCCUGCCCCAACCUCCUCCGCCGGCUCUGCCUCCGCAUCGGACCACCACCACCACCCCGCCGCCUCCUGCAUCCUCCCCAGCUGCAUCGUACCCGCCGUCUCCUGCUUCCACCCCAAGCGCCGCCACCGCUGGAAGCUUGGCCGCCGUGGCAACGCCAGCGGGCUCGAGUUCGUCGCCGAGCCCGUGGACCUCCGCUCCAUGUCCUUCGUCGGCACCCACGAAUACCUCGCCCCCGAGAUCGUCUCCGGCGAGGGCCACGGCAGCACAGUCGACUGGUGGACCCUCGGCGUCUUCAUCUUCGAGCUCCUCUACGGCGUCACGCCCUUCAAAGGCUCCGACAACGAGCUGACGCUCGCCAAUAUCGUCGCCCGGGCGCUCGAGUUCCCGAAAGAACCCUCGGUAUCGGCAUCGGCCAAGGACCUCAUCGCCGGCUUAUUAGUCAAAGACCCGGCGAGGCGGAUGGGGUCCACGAUGGGCGCGACGGCGAUCAAACGGCACACGUUCUUUAACGGCGUCAACUGGGCGUUACUUAGAUGCGCGGUCCCGCCAUAUAUUCCGGCGCCCUUCAGUAUCAGUGGUAGCAGCCGGGACGUGUCGGACGACAGCAGUCCCGGCACGCCGGUGGAAUACUAUUAGGUCGUGUCGGGUGGAGCCAAUUUUACUUUAGUUUGGCCCGAGAGAAAGGGACCGUGUUGGCUGGAACCGAGACGUGACUGGUUUCCGGACUGGGCUACAAACUUAGUGUAUGUUGCGUCACAUAUUUGGAGAUAAAAGAAAAAAAUAAAAAAGUAAGACCACGUGUACGGCUGGGGUUGGACGAUUGUUGGGGAACUGCUGGAGCCGGGGGCGGGGAGACACGAUGAGAACAACCGCGUUGUCGCCCACUGUUUGGUGCUGUUGGCUUGUGACGGGUGCGUCAAUGGAACAUGGUGUGGGGGCACGGUCUUGUUAUGUUGUUCCCUCUCUCUCUCAGAGAGCAUCUCUCAUGGAUUCAUGCAUGAGAGCUCUUCAUCAAAUUUGAUAUAUACUUUUAUUAAUAUUUAAUAUCCUAAUUGAUGUCUUUUGUUUUGAA